GAUGAACUUCGGGCUGAGAUGGAAGAAAUGCGUGACAGCUACUUAGAGGAAGAUGUUUACCAGCUGCAGGAGCUCCGGCGAGAGCUGGACCGGGCAAACAAGAAUUGCCGCAUUCUGCAAUAUCGUCUCAGGAAAGCAGAACAGAAAAGCUUGAAAGUUGCACAAACAGGCCAUGUGGAUGGAGAGCUCAUUAGGAGCCUGGAACAAGAUUUAAAGGUAGCCAAAGAUGUUUCUGUCAGACUGCACCAUGAGCUGGAGAGUGUGGAGGAGAAACGAGUUAAAGCAGAAGAUGAAAAUGAAGUCCUUCGGCAGCAAAUCAUUGAGGUGGAAGUAUCCAAGCAGACGCUGCAAAAUGAGCUGGACAAGUUAAAAGAGAGUUCCCUGAAGAGGAGAGGCAGCAGAGAAAUCCACAAAGAAAAAAAGACAUUUACCCAGGAGGACAGUGCUGAUUUGAAGUGCCAGCUCCAGUUUGCCAAAGAGGAGGCAGCGCUGAUGCGUAAGAAGAUGGCCAAACUGGGCAGGGAGAAGGACGAACUGGAGCAGGAGCUCCAGAAGUACAAGUCCAUCUAUGGAGAUGUGGACAGUCCCCUGCCUACUGGGGAAGCAGGGGGCCCACCCAGCACCAGGGAGGCUGAGCUGAAGCUUCGUUUGAAGCUGGUGGAGGAGGAAGCCAACAUACUGGGCAGAAAAAUAGUGGAACUGGAGGUGGAGAACAGGGGGAUUAAAGCUGAGAUGGAGGAUAUGAGGUGCCAAUAUGAAAAAGAGUGUCUCAGCAGGGACCACAUUUCAAGCAUUCCUACCUCGCCCUACGGAGACUCUGUGGAGUCAGCCACAGAGCUACGCAGGCACCUGCAGUUUGUGGAAGAGGAAGCAGAGCUGCUGAGGAGGUCAAUCUCUGAAAUCGAGGAUCACAACAAGCAGCUAACGAAUGAGCUGAACAAAUUCAAGUUCGAGCCGGGCCAGGAGCCAGGCUGGUUGGAUGAUGCAGCAUCCAAGGGUGGUGGGACCUUGCAAGAGGAGCUGAAGUCGGCCAGGUCACAAAUCAAUGAGCUGAGCGGGAAAGUGAUGAAGCUCCAGUAUGAGAACAGGGUCCUGAUGUCCAACGUCCAGCGUUACGAUCUGGCCUCUCACCUGGGCCUGCGCACUUCCAGCCCCAGGGACAGCGAUGCCGACAGCGAUGCUGGGAAAAAAGAGAGUGACAGCGAAGAUGGUCGUCCGCCACAGCCAAAGAGAGAGGGGCCCAUUGGGGGCGAGAGUGACUCUGAAGAAGUAUAUGAGAAGACGUCGGGUUUUGGGAGUGGGAAGCCAUCAGAAGUCAGCGACCUGUGCUCCACCGAGCUCAUGAGAGUGAAAGAGGACACUGAGUCAUUAAUUAACAUCAAACGUGAGGCCGAGCGACUUGAGAGGACUGUGGAACGCCUUAUCACCGAUACGGACAGCUUGAUUUAUGAUGCAAAGGUGCACGUAACCAGCAGCCCAUCCACAGAGCAGGAUUUCAGAAGUGGUGAGGAAAGGGGAGAAGAUAAGCAUGAACCAGAGCUUCUGGACACUGUCAACACCAGGAUGAAAGCUUUCCGGAAGGAGCUUCAGACCUUCCUGGAAAAGGUUGAUCACAUUGGAGAGGGCCUUAAGGAGCAGAUGGAGGACCUCUCCCCUCUUCCCCAUCUCACAGAGUCUUCCAGUUUCCUAUCCACAAUGACCUCCAUGUCCCGAGACUCUCCCAUUGGUAACCUGGGGAAGGAAUUAAUCACUGACUUCCAGUCCAAACUGAGGGAUCAGAUGGAGUGGCAGCUCAAACAAGAUCGUGGAGAGGAGCAAGAGAUUCGCCACCAGCGAGCCACCACCGACCCACACCGCAGAGCUGAUGGAGACAUUAAACUCUACAGGCCAGGAGACAAGGGCUGUUUCAGUCUAGAGCUCAGGGAUUCCCAUGUUUUACCUGUACAGAAUGUAUCGAUACAGGAGCUUCAGGCUCAGCUUGAGCAGGAGACAAGACUUCACCGAGAGGAGCAAGAAAAGUUUUCAGAAAGGAUCAUCCAGCUGGAGGAGGAGCAUCUGCAGACCCUGCGGAGAAAAGACUUGGAAGUGCAGAGCUUGACUUUGCAGAACAAACUGGAGGAGAAGACCUGGAGUCAGGAGAAAAAUCUGCUGCAGCAGGAACUCAGGCAUUUCAAGCAGGACACCUUUCUCCUGUAUGUCAAACUGAAGUGGCUGCUGAAACACUGGCGGCAAGGCAAGCGAAUGGAGGAGGAAGGGGAGGACACGUUAGAGAUCGAGCACCCUGAGGCCCUCCCAGACUUCAGCAUUCAGCCUGAGCAGAAGGCAAAUGAUGCAGAGCGAGAGGAGGAGGAAGAGGAUGUUGUGUUUGCACUGGCAGAUUUCUCCCAGCAUCCCACCACAGAGAGCACUGAUCAUGGACCACAGCUGCAGACUGCAGAGUUACUGCAGCAGCAGAAGCAGGCGAGUGAAAACCGGAAGCUCCUGAACGCUCUGAAGGGUUUGCUGGAUGACUUCCGCUCGGAGCUGCGGGACGAGGAGCGGGAGCGCCAGGGGCUCCAGCAGCAGUACGCCCUGCACAAGGCAGCCUGGGAGGUGGAAACCACUGAACUCAAGUGUCGCCUCCAACAGCUGGAAGGGAAGAGUGAGAACACCUCCGGAGAAACAGGUUCAGAUGCAAAGGGAGCUUUUAAAAGGGAAAGAGAGGAGCACAAGAAGCUUCUGGCUGACAGUCACAGCGUGGUGAUGGACCUCCGCUGGCAAAUCCAGCACAGUGAGAAGAACUGGAACCGGGAAAAGGUGGAGCUCUUGGACAGGCUCGAUAGAGACCGGCGAGAAUGGGACCGCCAGAAGAAGGAGCUGCUCAGGCGGAUAGAGCAGCUGCAGAAGGAAGCGAGCCCACGGCGAGGAGGUGGUUUGGUGUGUGACCCAAGCGAGAGCGGCCGGCGGCCGUUUGUGCCGCAGGGGAACUUCCGCGUGCCCCGUUCCAUGGGCUCCAGGUCCUACUCGGACUCCGACACCAUCCAGUUCGACGAGCGCUCGCUGUCCAAGCUGAAGGAGAGCGACCGGUGCAGCGGCACGGAAAACCUCUUUCUGGAGUCACUGUCCCUUGACUCCCCCGACGAGCCUGAGGAGCAUCGCUCUCGGCAGCUGGAGAGGGAGAAAUUCUUGACUGGACUAACAGAAGAGGAAGAAACACACAAAGGAAAUCUUCAAAGGGCAAUGUCUGUUUCUUCCAUGUCCGAAUUUCAGCGCCUGAUGGAUAUUUCUCCAUUUCUACCAGAAAAAAAUUUGCCUUCAUCUGGCAGCAAAGAUGACAUAACACCUCCCUUGUCUCCUGAUGAUCUGAAAUACAUUGAGGAGUUCAACAAAAACUGGGAUUACAAUGACACUAGGAGCCAUGGUGGGGCAACUGAGAAGCCUGCAGAGGGUUGGGCAGAAAGGACAGAAACUGGAAAAGCUGGGAAGGAUCCUGCUUCAGAUCCAUUCCAGGCAUCCUCAUGGUACCUCACCACCAGUGUCACUAUGACCACCAACACCAUGACCAGCCCAGAGCACUGCCAGAAGCAGCCAGUGAGGAGUCACAGUGUUACUGACAAAAUGGGAGUGCGGGUAUUCCACAGCCCGCCGGUUGUCCGUAGGUUUGAUAACUCAGUGAUAGCUGGCAGUGAAGGGAAAAGCCAGGCUGAGCCAGAUUUCCUCUUUUCUGUGACCAAAGCUAUGGGGAACGUCACUGAGACAAAAGGUGCUUCCUCGGACAUGUUUGGAAGGUGGUCCUGUGACCUGGCCAAACACCAUAAAGAUUUUCUGGAGAACGGUCUUCAUCCCAUUGAACGUCCUAUUUGCACUACUGUGGGCUUUGCCUCACCCUUGCACAGCUUGGAGAUGUCCAAGAACAUGAGCGAUGACAUGAAGGAGGUCGCUUUCUCUGUCCGGAAUGCGAUACGCUCCAACUCCACGGAGCCCCAGUUCAAGGACACGGCGUGCCAGACCAACGGCAUGAGGACGACAGGGACACAGACCACCCAGACCAUCAGCGUCGGCCUGCAGACGGAAACCCUGCGCAGUAUCACCAGCAGUCCACACAAGUGUCUGACACCAAAGGGGGGGUCCACGCCUGUCUCCUCACCAUCCAGAAGCCUGAGGAGCAGGCAGGUGACCCCCGUCAUUGAGAAGGUCCAGGCUAAGUUUGAACGCACAUGCUGCUCCCCCAAAUACGGCUCUCCGAAGCUGCAAAGGAAAGCCCUUCCCAAAUCAGACCAGCCAAAUAACCGGACUUUGCCUGGCACACCUCAGAAGGGAUUCAGUGAGUCCGCUUGGGCUCGAUCAACCACCACACGGGAGAGUCCUGUGCACACCACUAUCAACGACGGCCUGUCCAGUUUGUUCAACAUCAUCGACCAUAGCCCCAUCUUUCAUGAGACCUUCCAAAAAUGCCCCAGAUCUGGCAGCCGGUCCAGGUCAGCUGAACCCAGACCAGAACUGGGCACGUUGCAGGAGCCAUGUACAAAUGCCCGUGGCAGAUCACCCAGUCCUCUCCGUCUGGGGACAGAGACACAAAAGGAAGAAGGAUCUGAGGUGACAAGUAUUAGGCAGGACUUAUCUGCUCCUCCAGGGUACACACUUGCAGAAAAUGCUGCCAGGAUCUUGAAUAAGAAACUUUUGGAGCAUGCCUUAAAGGAAGAGAGAAGGCUACGUUCACACAGCCCACCAAAUCUUAGCAAUGACAACAGCACAGGAGAAAUUGUCAAAGUAGAUCCAGGGUCCAUAGAGAACCAAACUGUCUUAUUAACUACCCCCUGGGGACUCUAACCCUGCCUGCCUCACUGCUGAACUGCCUUGUUCUGCACUAGCCCCGUCCCUCCAACCCUGCUUCUCCCGGCCAGAGAGACCAGCGAAGCGGCGCCCACCGUCACGAUGGGCCUCACAUUCCCC